GCCCGAAAUAGCGCGCCAUGACAUAUCCAGCGGCGCCUAUGCAGAGUACCGUGCAGCCCUUUGAGCCUGUGGAAGGCUACGGAGCUAUCAAGAACAAUCAAUCUGGCAGGAGCAACAGGGCUAUGGUGGCGCUUAAGAUCGUGAUGGCAGCCGUUGCCGUCAUCGUCCUCCUGGCCGUUGCUGGAACCAUCACGCAGAAGCCGCAGAACGUGGAGCUCGAAGACUCCAGCAUGAAGACCAUCGACGGUCUCCUCGCCCACAUCGACAAGGUCACGCACGCGGCGCGUUCAGGAAACGAGAAGGAUAAGAGUGCCAAACUUCAACUGUCAGACAGCAAGGUCAACGACUCUGCACCGAGCAGCGUCAGGCAUGGUAUCUCCCACGUGAGCAAGGCGCUCAGAGAGGCGGAGGAAGCAGAGAAGAGCAUGAAGACGACAAGCAGCGCGAGAACGAAUGAGGCGGAGUUGAAGAAGAGACGUGCAAUUGCUCGCAAGAUGAAAGCCCUGCAAAGCCAGAUUGCUGCUGACUUCGAGAAAGUUACUGGAUACGGCAACAAGGCUGGAUACUUGCCUCCUGUAAAGAUGCCUCACAUGUGAAGAAACUAGACUGCUAUCAGAUUCAUUUCCUCUCUCUCCUCUCCUUCUUGCAUAAUUUUCUUUUAUCAUUUUUUUGCAUUUGACACAUGAAGGUCCAUUGUGCAUUCAA